AUGAGAAAGGAGGAGGGUCAGAGACCGUGGCAGAUCUCCGUAAAAUUUAGCCACCUGCCACUCAUGGUAUUGACGCCAUCCAGUUAUACCGGCUCGGUCGUCGCCCGGGUUACCAAGGGCCGCGCAGGCUGCCGGGGGACUGAGGCAGACUGCGAAAAGUCGGCGAUCAGGACCUGCUCAUUGCCCUCUGGAAGCCGGGGACGUAGCAGCACAACGACGGCUGACGAAGACCGACGGAACGACGACGUAGAUAUCAAUCAGCAGCGGAGUCGCUACCCGUUCUGA